GCGGGGCGGGCGGCCCUGGAGCUGUCCGCGGGGAAGCGAGAGCCGGGCUCCGGCCGGUCGGCAUCGCGGGAUGGCGGGGGCACGGCAGCGGCAGCGACGGGCCAAGCGGCGGCUGAACGGGCUACGGAGCGGGACCACGCGGAGACCGCCUGAUGACAGAGAUGAGCGGCAGGGUAACCGAGGGGACCGGGACGGGGCCGUGAUGUGCCGAGGGGCGACUGCUCUUAGAGCCGGUGGCACGGCAGGCGGAGAUGGAGAAGUGUCUUCUAGUGAUCGCCGGAGGGGUCUGCUGGUGUGCAGCAAAGUAGCAGAAUGCGUGUGGUUAGAGGGAGAAGAGGAGGUGCGGUGUUGGAACUGUGAUGAGACACAUGUACUUGUUUGCUCCUGUGACGGGAAGCUUUAUGAAUACUGGACCACGGCUCCAGGCAAAAUAUUUGAGCCAAGGCUGGUGAAAGAACUGGGAAACCACGAUAUUGUUCAAAUAGCCUGUGGAGACCAUCACUCCAUGGCACUGUCCAGAGGAGGUAAUCUCUUUACCUGGGGCCGGAAUAACCGUGGACAGCUUGGAGUGGGGAGCCUAGACCCAAUCAUCUCUGAACCACGGCUGGUGAAAGGCCUAAAGGGCAUCCCACUCGCUCAAAUUGCUGCUGGAGGAGCUCACAGUGUUGUUGUGUCACUCUCUGGAGCUGUUUACUCGUGGGGAAAGAACGAUUUUGGACAGCUGGGACUCAGACACACGUAUGACAGGGACCGCCCGUCAUACGUUGAAGCAUUAGAGCACUGGAAGGCUGUAUUUAUCUCAUGCGGGGCAGACCACACUGCAGUUCUCUCCAUGGAUGGCUUGCUGUACACCUUUGGAGCAGGAGGGGCUGGCCAGCUUGGUCACAACUCCACCCGGAAUGAACUUAGUCCUCGUGUGGUGGCUGAACUGUGGGGAGCAAGAGUUUCACAGGUUGCCUGUGGAAGGCAGCACACCCUGGUCUAUGUCUCAUCUUUGGACAAAGUCUAUUCAUUUGGUUCUUAUGAAGGACAGCUGAAAAGUGAGAGAAAAUCUAAUCACUUGGUACCACUGCCCAUCGAUUCACCAGUGGAUAAUGGGGAGUUCUGCCAGGAAAACACGUCACAAAACAUGGCAAAAACUACUGCAGAAGGAAAGGACAGUAUCACUGGCCUUCUCUUUAAGAAAAGGAAUUCCUAUCCUUUGAAUGGGAUUGCCACUCUGGAGAGGAAAGAAGUGAAAACAUGGAUUAAUAAUUUCAGUUCACGACACUGGGGGAAUAUAAAAAAAUAUAUCACACCGAUCUUUUCAUCCGAGGCUUGCAUCAAUGGAAGUUUCUUGGAUAAAAGGGGCAAACAUUUCAGGACUUCCAAGGAAAACUCAGGUGUAGACAUGGCAAAAGUGCUACGCUUUUAUAAGAAGAUCAGCAAGAAUGCAGAAGUCUACCAGGAGGUGCAAAAGGAGAUUAAUAAUUUACUGCCAUCAUUGUCUUCUUCUCCUAUUUCACCUGAAAAUUUCAGAGUCUACUUGAUCUUGCCUUUCCUCCUGCAGCAACAGAAUGCUUUCUCUACUCUCAAGCAGCUAGCAAAAGCUAUCCUGAGGCUCCGGCAGAAGGACCUGCAAACUCUUGAAUGCCUGUGGUCAAAUCUAGAAACAGACUAUUUCAAGAAUCUGGUUGUUAUUUUUAAGGAGGUUUCCCUGUACUCUCUAAAUCAACUUCUCAACUGCUUUGUCCCUGAGCAAUAUCCACAAGAGAUAGAGACACUGCAAAUACUGCAGAUUCUUUACCAGGUGAACUCCAGAGCUGGUUCCAGGCUACAAGACAACCAUUUCUAUAUACCUGAAACGAUAGACAUUAUCCGUCAUAUUAGCACCAUGGGCAUAGAACUGACAAUGCUGAUCAAAUAUCCGUGCAUUUUUGAAGUGAAGAACAAGAUGCUGAUUCAUUUUUUAGAAUGCAACAGACUGUCUUUGUAUAUCAACAUUCAUCCAAGCACAAUACAAAUAUUUCAGAAACAGUGGGCUUUUCCUGUCAGAAGAGAAUGCCUUCUGGAUGACAUUUGGGAUCAUUUAAGAAAGGCGAAGAAGAACCAAUUCACACAUUUCUUAGAAGUGUACUUCGAGAACGAGGAAGGGCUAGGAGGCGGGCUGCGCCGGGAGCUCUUCACCGUCGCCGCCAAGGCCCUCUGCGAUCCCCAGAGCGGCGUGUUCCGCCACUUCCCCUCCAGGCUGGUCUGGUUCCCCAGGCAGGCGUCAAGCCACGGUGACACCUUCCUCCUGGUUGGCACCCUGUGUGGAAUGGCCCUGUAUAACCACUGCUGGACUCCUUUCCCCUUCCCCAGGGCUCUCUUCAAGAAGAUGCGGGAUGUCGAGCCGACCCUGGAGGACCUGGAGGAGCUGAUGCCAGCAGUCGGCAGGAGUCUUAAGAAUAUUUUGAAGGAAGAAUCUGAGCGCAGGCUUGAAAGCCUACACAUGACCUUUGUGCAAAUGGAAGAAGGAGGUUCUGUGGUUGAGCUUAAAGAAAAUGGUGCCAACAUUCUUGUCACUAAGCACAACAGGAAGGAAUUUGUUGACUUGUAUGUAAAUUAUGUGUUGAAUGAAUCGGUACAGAAGCCAUUUGAAGACUUUAUGCAAGGCUUUUUAAGAGGCUGCCCAGCUGAAAGCUGGAAGGUGUUUCUCCCCGCUGAGCUCCAGGCUGUUCUUCUGGGACAAAUGAAUUAUGACUGGCAUCUGCUAAUGAAGAAUGUGGCAUAUGUGAACUACGAAGAGUCACAUCAAACCAUCAAGGAUUUUUGGACUGUGUUUCACGAGCUCCCAGAAGAAAAAAAGAAAAACUUCCUUGCUUUUUUAACAGGAUCUGAUCGAAUCAUUCCCUAUGUAGAGUAUUUUGUAUUUACUAUUGAAGACCCUCAGUAUGAAAAUCCAGAUAAUUUAUAUCCUUCUGCCCGAACCUGCAGCCGCGUUCUCAUCCUCCCCAGGUACAGCAGUAAGGAAAUACUUGAGGAAAAAUUACUCUUUGCUAUAGAGCAUAGUGAAGGUUUUGGCUUACUGUAGCUCCUGGUCAGGAGCAUGUUAAAGCACAAAUAAGGAAGCAAGUGGUUGUUUCACUUGUAAUAUUUUUCCUGAUUUAUUCUGGUGUAGUGAUUUUUUUUCUGCCUUAUUUUUACUGCACUUUAUAAAAACACUUGAGUGUGUGUAUUCAACUGAGAGUGUUUAUUGAUUAUAAAUCCUUACAAGAAGCAACUUGGUAACCAAUUAUAUUUAUAUAGAUGCUCAUCCUGCACUUUAGUGGUCUUGUUUAGUUGAUGAGCUUUCAACAGUGAAGUUUUUGUUAUUUGUAUGUUACCAAACACAACCAGCACAUGCUAAGCAGUAAUCACUGCAAGAGGGAGCUAGGGUAACAUUUCCAUCUGUAUUAGUUAAGGAUUCUUUUGGAGAAUAACCCAACUCUAGAGAGCCAUGUUCCUUCAAACUGUGAAUCGAGGAGCAGCCUGUACUUGCCUGAAUACGGCCUUUGAAUCAUCCGAGGGAAGUUCCUAGGAUGAGGACUUGAUCAUUCCUAGAGUUUGUCAAGACAAAUCUGCAUUAAUGGAUGUUCUGUUAGUCAGUGUGAUAUUUGUUGUAUUGAUUUGCAUCUUCUAAAGUUGGCUGGUAAUUAAAUAAAACAGAAUUUUAGGCCUGCAGAACAGCUCUGACUACAGAACCUUGUGAACAUGGGGCUUGUGAGGCUGCUGGAAGCUCUCUGCCAAAACUGACUCCUAGCAACAGCAGGCAGGGUGUAAAGGAGGGAGGUUUAUUUAUUUUUCUGUAUGUUUUCCUUUAUGUAAAUGAGAUAUAUUUAAUUAGAGACAACAGUAAUGAUUUUUCAGCAGUCCUCUUUCAUUUCUUGUAUUGUCUGUGGACAUACAUGUGUAAGGAAGGCUUUUACUGUGUUAAAUUGAUUAAAUCUUCUCACUCGUG